AUGGCUGGUCUUGUGGACACGCGCCUGCUGGGACGACCGAACAAGUACUCAGGCAACCGCGACGAGUUCCCGACCUUCAGAUACCAGCUGAUCUGCUACUUGGGUGCCAUCGACCCGAGAUUGGCACAAGCAGUCACGACAGCAGCUACCCACGGCAAUGUCAUUACGCUUUCAGAGAUGGGCGACGAUAACAAGCAGUUUGCAGCGACGAUGGGAUACAUUCUAUCACAGUUGCUCGGAGGCAGCGCGCUAACCUUGGUGAUGAAUUGUGAGCCAGGCAACGGCCUGGAGCAGUGGCGACGUCUUUGUCUACGCGAGGAUGCGGCUACUGCCUCCAACAAGGUGGCGCAGCUGCAGCUUCUUGUGAACACAGAGUUUUCAGGCAAGUGGGAGACCUACGUCGAGGAGCUCACGAAGUUUCUACUGGACAUCAACCGAUAUCAAGAGAAGUUUUCAGAGGUGAUCUCGGACACCCUUGUCCAAGCCUUGAUCAAGAGGAACACGCCCGAGCCGCUGAAGACUCAGGUGAUGAUGCUGACCUUCACGACCCACCAGAUCCUACGGGAGACUUGCGAGGCCUUCGCUCAGCAGAUGAUGCAGCGCGACCCGAAGGCGACCAAGAAGAAGUUCGACCCGAACGCCAUGGACGUGGACGCUUUCGACAAGGGCGGCAAGGGCGAUUCCAAGGGCAAGGGCUUCGGCGGCAAGUCAGACCAGAAGGGCAGCGGUGGCAAGUCGAGCAGUCAAAGAAGUGUUUGGCAGAGCUCGGGCGGCAAAGGUGGCAAGGGCGACGGCAAGAACAAGAUGAAGAGCAAGAAGGGCGAGACGAAGCUCUUCGACGGAUGGUGUUCGAAUCCCCACUGCGGCAAGUACGGGCACAAGAUCGCGGACUGCAGGAAGUACGGCGGCGGUGAUCGGGCUCAGCAAGUACGGUCCAUCCAGGAGAUUCAGCGCCACAGACACAAGUACGUGGAACUGGGCGCGUACAGGCAGCAGUACUACCAGAUGACGAAGGGGGCUAUGACGGAGAAGUGCAAGCUCACGGGCGAGCCAGGUCAGUCUCUGCGAUCCAUUACUGGUAAGGGUAUUCGGACUUGGGAUAAGCGGACGUUGACGGGUGAGGUCUUCGAUUCGAACACGUCGAUCCCUGCAAAGCUAGACGUCACGCCAGCUGAAAUUCGUAGAGGUGCCCUUUCAGUUGCAGAGAUGAAUGAUGCAGGUUAUUCGGUACACAUUGAUCCUGACGGAGCCAAGAUGUUCAAAAACAACAAGAAUGUGCAGCACGAGAUAGAUAAAGCGAUCGAGUCGACAGUGACUUUGCAGUUACGACGGAAGGUGAAUGCGUUUCUUCUUCCCAUGAGGUUCAAGGAUCCGACAGGCUACGAGUCCAUCAUCGGCGAUGUCGAGGACCACUCUGAGAAGGACGACGCGCAGAUGAAGGAGGAGCCUUUCGAGACACAGCCUGUGGAGGUGCAG